AUGAAAAGUUAUAAUAAUGGAAAAGAAGACAAUGGAACGGAAAAGAAGACAAUGGAACGGUCAUGUGCAGCAGCAGCUGCUGUUAGUAAUAAAAAAUUGACAUAUGCCAAUGUGGUUGCUGGAAAAAAGCCUCUUCCUAUUCUUGACGGACCUGAUUCCGAGGAGGAGUUCACUUCUAAACCACAUGAAUGGGUAAAAGUGGAAAGGAAGAGGCCUAAAGAGGCAAAGAAAGGCCAUUUGAAGCUCUAUCUAAAAAAGAGGUCAUUUAAAACUCAACUGUCAACUCCAAGAAUGACAACAAAAAAAAACGAAAGUUACAAAAACGCCACCAGAAGAACCAACACCCUCACCACCAUCACCAUCAAGAACAACAACAACCCCUGGAAAUGAUGAAGAAAGAAAAGUUGGAAGAAUAUCCCCGCCACUCCCACCACCUGUAACGCAGUCAACAACAACAACAAUGGGCGAAAGAACGUACAGUGAUUUUAUAGACAUUUUAAACGAUUGGGUUUUGAAGAGAGCAGGUGUUGGGAAGAUGUACCUCCCAAAAUAUUAUGAAGGGAAGGAACGUAAGGAAUUUCUUGAGGUAAUGAUGCCUUAUUUAAAUCCUACACUCUUUUUUUUACCAUCGUCAUCUGAUGCUGGUUGUCAGGAAAAUGUUGUGCAGGAAA